AUGACACAGCACAAUUAUCAACAAGUCGACCCGGGAAAUACCAUCGUGGCCGGGCAGAGUUCUCAAGCACCGCAGCCGACCACGAAUGAUCAUACAAGAUGGCAGGUCCAAAACCAUGCUAGUGCGCCCGCAUGGAUCUCUACUCAGGGUGGCCUCUUCCCAAAACGUGAACCUGUUUCAAAUAUGAGAGCCACCCGUAUUGUGCAUAGCGACAUCAAGGCCGACAUCAAUGUCGAAGCUGCCCGCUUGAGACGAUUAUACCCAGAACUGAUUCGCUAUGUCAAAAAACCCACCGGUUGGGACGACCUUUACCAUCUUUGGGACGCAGCCGACAUACAAAUGGAGGGUCCAGAAUUUCUCUACUACGUUAUGCAUCAACUUGGUGAGGAAAACGAGCAGCUCGACCGCGAAUAUGAGCUUGCGAAGCACCACGAGAUCGAUGAAUACGUUCAAGCAUGGGUUAAAGACAAGAAAGAAUCCGUUUUAAGCUGUGCCGCUGGUGACAUGUACGAGCUUUUCUGCUCGGAUCCUUCGGAAGAUGACGACUUUUCUCCAGAAUUAAAGCUAAUCCUUAACAAGACUUUGGAAGCUCAUCGCUUGCGUUUGUUGAGGGACGCAUCUGGUAACGCUGUUAAUGCCACAGUUCAUGACUCGCUACAACCAAAUAGCGUGCCUCAAAUGUCGAGAUCUGUUUCCGACAAUGGAAAUCAUCCUAGACAAAACCGAAUCGCCCGACCAACGAUUCCCAUUGUAACCGCAAGUCAGUCCAUCACCACUCAGCCAGGGGAAGUAAAACCAAAAUCGCAUUUUCUUCCUUUGACGCAAGCUCAAUUCACGCCUAGCUUUCAUGGUGGUAGGAAUCUUAGCAUGCCGUUAAAUUUGCAGAUUCAAAAUCAACCAGCAUCUACAAAGCAGGAAGAAAAUAUGAGUCUUGCCUCAGCAGUUCCGCAUCAACCACAGACACACAAUCACAUCAUGGAGGCUCAGCAUGGUAUAGUCAAUGGCCUCAACGCUUUGGCUGACUUCAAUCUCGCAACUAGCCUCAAUGCUUCAUCUGGUCCUGUUGUUUCACCAGCUCGUCAUAACAGUUAUCGUAACGACAAUACGCUUCGCAAUAGACCUAGACCUCGUGAAGAUUCGAUUGAAACUCCUCGAAAUAGAAGAAAUCAGUGGGUGAGCCCCCAUGGAACUCAUCAGAACAAGUUUAUCCAUCAAACGCCGCACAACCGUCAACUAAGUACUUCCGGUAGUAUGAGAGGAAGCCCCUCACGGGUUCCUCAGGCCGAACCUAUUUACAUCCGCAAUUUCGAGCAUUCUUCUGGCCUUGUUGGUGAUAAUCCGAACCAGCGCAUGAGCAAUGGCGAUUUCGUCGGUUCUCGUACGGAGCUUCCUAGCGAUGCCCAAAAGACUUUUCAACAUUCCAAGAUCAAUCAACAUCCCGAUUUAGGUGAAAUGGAAGGAGACCCCAAGCUCCUGCAAACGGAUACUUUCUGUGUGUAUACUUACGAUACUUCUGCACCAAGAAACUCUUUCGGUCGAACUCUGUACUUGAAAGGUCCUGAUUUGAAAAUGUUUCACACUAGUCAUUUGAAGGACCUGAUGUCCACAGUUGGAAAUGUUGUGUCAAUCAAAUACUUGUUCAAGCCCUAUGACAAUGGCCCGGUCUUUGUAACAUUUGAUGGCGAUGUUUUGGCCAUGGCGAUUGAAAAAUUCAAUGGCUACAGGUUGCCAAACGGACGUUUACUUACAGCAGGAUACCCACACGAAAAUUCGCGCGACCGCUCGGGCAGUAACUCCAGUUACAACAGUUAUCAUGGAGACAACCACACUCGCUACAUGUCAGCUGCUGGAAAUGCACAGUUUACACCUACCAGGAAACACAGCAAAACAUCGGUACUCACACAAAUUACAUCAACCAGUACGACCUCAGUUGUAACCCCUGCUGCGAUCCCCGUGGAAUCAUCAUCUCAGCCUCAACUGAACAAUCCAACAGUAGAAGUAGUCUCACUAGAGGCCUUGACCGGUGAAGUGGCAACAGUUCCAAAAACAAGUCAAUCAUUCACCAAUGAAACCACCGCAGAAUCGGAGGCUCUGAGUACGGAGAUCAUCAAAGAGGUAGGAGCUGCGGCUCCAGCAUCUCCAGGCCAUGUUGAAAUAUCCUCAUCAAAAUUAUCGAGCGAAAAAGUAGCCGUAGAAGCCGCGAAACAGUUGCCUCAAGCAAAGGCAAAGAAUUCAAAAAAGAACAAGAAGCAAUUCAAAUUCAACAGCAAGGUCGAUAUCGACAAGGAAAACAACAUUUCUUGUUCGACUCGUGCUAUUCCUUCACCAGCUGAGUCAGAAAGCACAAAUUCAUCACUCGUUGGCGGAGACAUAUUUUUCAGUGAAGACUCGACCAGGAAACCAAGUGUUUCUUCGAUGGAUUCAACAUCCAACAAUCAUUUAACGAAAAUUAUUUCCAAGUCACAGAUCAUAAGUGACAAAGCCGAAAAUCCAGAUGAGAAGGAAAGAACUUCCGCGAAGGCCCUAGACAAUGAAUUGAUAUUGGCCGCCAGUGUCGCUCUAACCCAACCCAAUAUAACUAAAACCAAUUCCAGCCACCAAAGAUCGAAGACUGGCGGUUCUACAAAUGAUUCUCUUAAUAAGAGUCGUUCAACAUCUACCAAGGAUCUCAAGAAACAGCCCCAUUCAAGCAAUUCAGAUAAUUGUGAUUCUCCAACGACUGCUACAGGAUCUGUCAUCAACACCGAGCUCAAGACAGCCAAGUUUCACGAGAAAACCCCCCGGGAUGGUGGCGCCAAAUCUUCCGAGCAGCAGGAACAAUUAAAGGCGGAUUCGAGCAAGAAGAAGAAGCGUGAUUUGCCCGAGGUUAUCCAAGAGAUAAAAAAGUCUUCAGUUUUAGUUGUCUCCAAUGACUCAUCUGAAUGGCCAUCCCUAGCCCCUUCAAAGUCACCACCUUCGAGCAUCGCUGAUGGAAAGCCACCUCAAUCGAUCGCUCUGUCAGCCUCGACCAUUCUCAAAACUAAAGAAGUAAUAAAGCCAGCAUUGCCACUUAAGCCACUUAAGCCGCUGCAUCGACCAUCGGAGCAUUGUUUGGCCAUUCGUAAGGAGAUGCAAACGAAAGGUUCUAUCAGAAAACACUGGUGGAUGAUCAACGCAGAAUGUUCUUUGAUCGGCAUCCCAUUUGAACAUUUGAGAAGUUGGGAAGGAGGGUAUAAGGAAGAUAUCCAUAAUAUGAUCUUUCCACAUCAGGAAAAGAGACAUAAGACAAGUCAGUAA